CACGGUAUUUUUAAACCUCCAAAUUUUCGGUUAAAAAAUUUUACUAACUGUUUUACGCAAUAUUAUCAGGAUUUUCAAAUUUUUCAGUUACAAAAUUAUUUCAGCUACCUCGACAUAAAUAUCGACGACUCAAAUCUUAAUCAGAGACAACAACUUGAUUCUUUGCGAGAAACGCUUUCAAUUACGUCAUGUCUUGUUUCGGCGGUCACGACGAGCAGAUCUACCUACUCGAGAUACUAAUCGAUAAACUGACGUUGACGCCUGAAAAAAUCAAAGACGUCGGCGAGUAUCCUAUCGUGAUCAAGAUCAAGCUUUCAGAUUUCCCCGUGUUCGAAUUCACGCGGGAUAAAACGGAUGUGUUGAAACCUGAUCAGGACGUGCGCUUUAUGAUCGGUAAAUGCUGCCUGUUUGCCAAGCGACCGCGAGAUUUGGUCCAAGGAUUACGCUCAUCGAACUUGAGGAUCGGUGUGUUUCGUGGGGACGAAACUUAUCCUAUAGCAGAAACUAAAUUGACCCUACCAGGCUGUUUGUGCGAUCAGAUCGCCAUGAUCAGUAACGAUCCUGAAAGUCAGCCGAAGCCAUUCGUAAUGAAGGGCGGCUUUAAUCUUAUAGAUCCGGGGGAAAAUCCGUCCGGAACACUGCACAUGGAGCUCAUCGUCGCAUGCCUCGGACGCAUCUUCAAGACACAUUACGAGUUACAUCCGAAAUCUUUCGUUUCCGGUGAACAGGACGAAGAACGGGAGAUCUGCGUAAAGCGAUUCGUAUCGCCUGAGCUUCUCGAAGAGAAAAUUGUGAAAGACGUGGCAUUGAUAAAACCGAAAGUAAUGUCAAUUGAUUGA